GUAAAAUGUCUGUUCCAGGAUCCUACCAGGCAGCUGCUGGGCCUUCCUCGAUGCCAACCGCGCCCCCAUCCUACGAAGAGACGGUGGCCGUCAACAGUUACUUCCCUAUGCCUCCUGCCCCCGCGCCGGGGCCGACCACGGGGCUGGUGACGGGCCCGGAUGGCAAGGGCAUGAAUCCUCCCGCCUACUACACGCAGCCAGUGCCCGUCCCCAACGCCAAUGCAAUUGCUGUGCAGACCGUGUACGUGCAGCAACCCGUCUCCUUUUUCGACCGUCCGGUCCAGAUGUGCUGUCCUUCCUGCAACAAGAUGAUCGUGACUCAGCUGUCCUAUAAUGCUGGCGCCCUCACCUGGCUCUCCUGCGGGAGCCUGUGCUUACUGGGGUGCAUCGCGGGCUGCUGCUUCAUCCCUUUCUGUGUGGACGCCCUGCAGGACGUGGACCACUACUGCCCCAACUGCAAAGCUCUCCUGGGCACCUACAAGCGCUUGUAGGACUCGGCCAGACGUGCGUGGAGCCGCGUGGAGCCGCGUGCUGCCGGAAGCGCGCUCCGACUCUCACCCCGGUCUGCCCCUGGUGUGUGUGUUGGGGGGGUCCCACCUCGGUAGCCUCAUCUCUCCAGGGGCUUCACCUUUGUGUCUUCUUUUGGGGGAAAAACAUCGCAAAAGUAACACACCUCCUCCAAAACCCCAGAGAUUGCUGCUUGGAGUCAUGCACAGGACAUGCAAAGACGUUCACCUUGAGUGCUGGUUCCCGCCUACCGUGACGCCAAGUCACCCCACCUAACUGUGACUGUUGCCCCCCUGUGAAUAUCCUCUGGUGAUCGGCCAUUGGCCAGCUUCACUCCUUGCCUCCGUGGGCCUUUCUGGAGGCGGUCUCAAGCUGAGAAGCCACGGGUUGCCUUAUUUUUCAAGACUGUUCUGGCCCGAAUACGGCCGACCCCACCUUUAGUGCCUCCCGUUCACCUGUUCCCACUUCUGAUGACAAAAAUCUUUGCCUUACCAGCGAAGGGCUUGGCUCUCAGAGUCUGUCACUGUGGGGUUUUCAUUAGCACACAAAUUCACUUUAAUUUCUUCAUUCCUUUUUAAGUGCCAGGAACAGCUAUUCCCACCUGCCAGAUUCCCACCCACGAGGUCCUAAAUGCGUGCUAGAGAUGCACGGCUGGAUCUUACCUCGAAUCUGCCUUCUCUCGCUUCUCAGCACCAGAUCCUCAGGCCCUUCUGGGGAAGGGCUUUUUCUUCUAGAGGAAUUGUUUGUCUUAACCGUUUUUAUGACUUCUUUUGGUCUUAAACACCUUUGAACGUAAUUGAAAGGGAUUUAUUGAACCAUUUUUCGUAACCAUACGAUUACCGCCACUUUCCUAUUGGUCAAUGCAUUCUUUUUUGGGGGGGGGCCUUAACAGAAAAAGCAAUGGAUAAUUUUAUCCACUGCCUCUACUUGGGUUUAAUGCGGUUCUUAAAAACCUUUAUAAUGGGACUCUUCAAGGCGGACCCCUUCGGGGAUCCCAGUGGUGUGUUUAGAGAGAGGAACGCACAGUGAGCACAUCUGGGUACCAUGGUGCUGGAGAGCCUGGGACCUGACUGUUUUCAGAGGAAUCUAAAUUCUGAUUUUAUUUUUCAGAAAUACAAUUUGUUGUAGGACAUCAGAAGACAUGAUUUCUAGGACUCAAUCAGCAAGCCAGAGUUCUCGGUUAGCUGCUGCGUCAUCUUUGAAGGCAAGAGAAAGCUGGGCUUGACUUUCGAGAGUCCCCGUUUUGAUAAUAAAUAGGUACAGGGAAUGCGCGUGAAUAAUAUUACGUAGAAAUCAAGCCUAGACCUGGAACGAAAAUCUGUGUAUUGUCCGAAAAUUAUAGUUGUAACCAGUGAUCCAGCUUAUUCGUUCGAUGUUUUCAAAGUUCCAGUAAUUAUUUUUGCAAUGAAUACGGAUCCUACAUAGUACUUUGGUGUUAUCUGCUUUUAAAAAAAUAAAGUCUUUGGUUCACUUGGUGAACUAUUUAUCAAUUC